UUCCAAAGUCCCAUCAUGACAGCUGCUAUUUCAUACGGAACCUCUCUCUCACUGCCUUUACUCCCUCACUCUUCUAGCUCUAAAUUCCUCACCAAUCUCUCUCCCUCUCUCUACUUGUACCCACAUGACCAUAACUCUGUCUUCAUCACUCUUCACAUACAUGAAUCGAUUUCUAUAUCUUCUUUGAAGCGCUAUAGAGAUCAAUUCACUUCACAAUCCCAAAUGUCUCAACACAACACCACAGUCAUGAACGAACAGCUCUCCAAACAGACCUUAAUCUUCGGCUUACGCUUGUGGGUCGUAUUGGGUGUCUGCGUUGGAGCCGCCUUCGUCAUCCUCCUCUUCCUCCUCUCUCUCUGGCUCACCCAGAAGCGAAACAGAACACAGAGAAUCAGACCCUCCACUCACACAUCCGCCAUUCCAAUCGUGUCCAGAGACAUUCAAGAAAUCAAAAUCGACCGUUGUUGUCAAGACCCCAAUUCGAAUCCCAACAGGAAUCAUCUCAACCCAUGCCAAGAAUCGGAGCAAUUUUCAGGCAUUGAGAGGCAAGCUCUGCUUCUGAAGCCGGAAGAAGAGAGCCCAAUUGGGUAUAAUCGAAUUCACAUUGAAAUUGGUAAGGAUCAUCGGAUUCUGUACCCUGAGAGGUUUGGUGGGUUGUUGAAUUCGCAUGGAAAUGGUGAGAAUCGAUCGGGUGAUCAGAUGGCUAUGGUGGGUCCUGAAGUUUCUCACUUGGGUUGGGGACAUUGGUACACUCUCAGGGAGCUCGAGGCUUCCACGAAUGGGUUCGCCGACGAGAAUGUGAUCGGCGAAGGCGGGUAUGGGAUUGUUUACCAUGGUUUAUUUGAGGACAACUCUCAGGUUGCUGUCAAGAACUUGCUCAACAAUAGGGGUCAAGCUGAGAAGGAGUUUGAGGUUGAAGUGGAAGCAAUUGGACGUGUAAGGCAUAAGAAUUUGGUGAGAUUGCUCGGAUAUUGCGCCGAAGGAGCACAUAGGAUGCUUGUUUAUGAGUAUGUGAAUAAUGGGAAUUUAGAACAGUGGCUUCAUGGGGAUGUUGGGCCUUGCAGUCCUCUUACUUGGGAAAUUAGAAUGAAUAUCAUUCUGGGUACUGCAAAAGGGUUAACUUACCUUCAUGAGGGACUUGAACCAAAAGUUGUCCACCGUGACAUUAAAUCGAGCAACAUUUUACUAGAUAAGCAGUGGAAUCCCAAGGUCUCAGAUUUUGGACUUGCUAAACUCCUUGGCUCUGAGACGAGCUACAUUACAACCCGUGUGAUGGGAACCUUUGGCUAUGUGGCCCCUGAAUAUGCAAGUACUGGCAUGUUGAACGAAAGAAGUGACGUAUAUAGUUUUGGGAUUCUUAUUAUGGAAAUAAUUUCAGGGAGGAACCCUGUGGAUUAUGGUCAGCCCACAGAAGAGGUGAAAUUAGUUGAGUGGCUCAAGAAGAUGGUUGCAAACAGGAAUCCGGAGGGAGUUUUGGAUCCCAAGCUACCUGAGAAGCCUUCUACUAGAGCACUGAAGCGGACUCUUCUAGUUGCCUUGCGCUGUGUGGACCCAAAUGCACAAAAGCGACCAAAGAUGGGGCAUGUCGUACAUAUGCUUGAAGCUGAAGAGUCGCCUUUCAGAGAUGAUCGACGAGCAGGGAGGGACCCGGGGCAUGCACAUCAUGACAGUGCAAAAGAGGGGUCCGUAGGGAUGCAAGUGACAGGAUCAGGUGACAGCAGUGAAUACGAAAGUGGGGUUCAUGCCAAUGAGGCAAGAUGAGACAGCAAGAAUGGCAGUGAGAAAGCCGGUGAAACUCUCUGUGCUCAAGUAACAGGUCACAUGGCACAUUUCUACUGCUUGCCUCUCUUCAUCUUGAAGCUGGCCUCUGCAAAUAUUAUUUACAUUAUCCAUAUAUAGGCUGCUUUCAGAGUUGGUGCUCUAUAUAAUUCAUAGCAUAUAUAUAGCUCAUUGUGCUGCACCUUGUGUAGUUUCCGUGUGCGAUCAAAUUCAAUUUUCUCCAUUGGAUUCUUUUCCAAAGAGUGCAUUCAUAUAUUAUGAGCUGUAAUUGUUGUUUUGGUGAUACAUGUAUCAAACUCAAUAAUAUUGAAUGAAAGAUCAUCACAUCUUUAUCA